GGGAGUUCACCUCCCCCCACAAACACAUCAAAAAUACCACAUGUGAAUCAAUUUUCAUGGAAAAUUAACUGGAAACUGGCAGAAGAACUCCUGUACAACCAAAGCUGCAAGAAAGAUCUCCAUGUAAUCAGGUUUGCAUGAGACCAAGUGCUAUUUGCUUUCAUCUGAUCCUAUUCUGCUCUUCCUGGGAAGCUCAAGGUGGCCACGAGAAAAAGGGCACUGUUAGGUGAACAAUGGACAGCCCUGCAUCUCUGAUUGCCUAGAGGCUCAAUCAGCUGGAGACCAUGGCGUUCGAUGGUACUUGGAAGGUAGACCGAAACGAGAACUAUGAAAAGUUCAUGGAAAAAAUGGGUAUCAACAUGGUGAAAAGGAAGCUUGCAUCUCAUGACAAUUUGAAACUGAUUAUUACACAAGAAGGAAAUAAAUUCACAGUCAAAGAAUCAAGCACUUUUCGAAACACUGAAAUUGUGUUUGAGCUUGGUGUCACUUUUAAUUAUAGCCUCGCAGAUGGAACUGAACUCACUGGGGCUUGGAGCCUAGAGGGAAAUAAACUUGUUGGAAAAUUCAAACGGGUGGACAAUGGAAAUGAACUAAAUGCUGUCCGAGAAAUUAUAGGUGGUGAAAUGGUCCAGACUUAUGUAUAUGAAGGAGUGGAAGCCAAGAGGAUCUUCAAAAAGGAGUGAGCAUUGUUCCUGGAGCAGAGCCCAGAACACAUAUUAGAUGGAAAAUCUAUACUGAACCAGAACUUAUUUUCCUCUCCUCACCAAGUAUAAAGUUGCUGACUGAUUAGUCCUUUUAUUAAACAUUAGCCAAUGGCUUAUAUUUCCAGUCUUGCUAAAGCAAAACACAUAAAAGCUAAUUAGGAUUUAAUUUGUUUUACAUUCUCUAAGAUGUACAUUUAUUGGUGUUCUAAAAGAAUUUGUGACAUUUUAAAAAACAGAUGAAUAAAUAUUGUUCCCACAUUG